GCCGAGAAGCUGGAUAAUAACGGGGUUGCGGGACGUGUAAGCAGCGAUCAAGGAUUGCGGGCUGCGUUAAGAAUAUCGGGAUUGUCCCGCGAAAGGCGGGAGUGUUGAGCGGUCGGCUCCGUCGGCUCCCAGGAAUGAAACUGAAGAAGCAGGUGACUGUUUGUGGAGCAGCCAUCUUUUGUGUGGCUGUCUUCUCCUUGUAUCUCAUGCUGGACAAAGUGCAACACGACCCACCCAGGAGACAGAACGGUGGCAACUUUCCCAGGAGCCAGAUAUCUGUCCUACAGAAUCGUAUAGAGCAGCUUGAGCAGCUCCUAGAGGAAAACCACGAAAUCAUCAGCCACAUCAAGGACUCUGUUCUAGAACUGACAGCCAAUGCUGAGGGCCAGCCCAUUCUGCUCCCAUACCACACUCCUAAUGGAACUUGGGUCAUGCCACCUGACCCCAGACCUAGCUUCUACUCUGUAUCUCCUCAGGACUGUCAGUUUUCUGUGGCAAAUAAACGGCAAAAGACAGAUUUGCAGAUGCUUGAUGUUUAUACGCAGUUGCCUUUUGAUAACGUUGAUGGAGGUGUUUGGAAACAAGGCUUUGAUAUUACUUAUGACCCUAAGGAGUGGGACAAUGAACCAUUGCAGGUGUUUGUGGUUCCACAUUCGCACAAUGACCCUGGUUGGAUCAAAACCUUUGAUAAGUAUUACUAUGACCAGACGCAGCAUAUCCUGAACAACAUGGUAGUGAAAUUGCAUGAAGAUCCACGGCGAAAGUUUAUUUGGUCUGAAAUCUCUUUCUUCUCUAAGUGGUGGGACAACAUCAACUCUCAGAAGCGAGCCGCAGUGCGCAGGUUAGUUGCUAGUGGCCAGUUGGAGAUGACAACUGGAGGUUGGGUGAUGCCAGAUGAAGCCAACACUCAUUACUUUGCUAUGAUUGAUCAGAUGAUAGAGGGACAUCAGUGGCUCAAGAAAAACCUUGAUGCCACCCCAAGGUCAGGCUGGGCAGUGGACCCCUUUGGGCACAGCUCUACUAUGCCAUAUAUCCUAAGACGCUCCAACCUAACCAGCAUGCUGAUCCAGAGGGUACACUAUUCUAUCAAGAAGCACUUUGCUGCUACACAGAGUCUGGAGUUCAUGUGGAGACAGACAUGGGAUCCAGAUUCCAGCACUGAUAUCUUCUGCCACAUGAUGCCCUUCUACAGUUAUGAUGUCCCACACACAUGUGGCCCGGACCCCAAGAUUUGCUGCCAGUUUGAUUUUAGACGUCUUCCAGGAGGAAGAAUAAAUUGUCCUUGGAAAGUGCCACCAAGAGCGAUCACAGACUCCAAUGUGGCUGAAAGGGCCAACAUUCUCCUGGAUCAGUACAAAAAGAAAUCCAAGCUAUAUCGCAGUAAAGUGGUGCUGGUGCCUUUGGGAGAUGACUUUCGCUAUGAUAAAAUCCAAGAGUGGGAUGCUCAGUUCCUCAACUACCAAAAGUUGUUUGACUAUAUGAACUCGCACCCAGAACUCCAUGUUCAGGCUCAAUUUGGAACACUAUCAGAUUACUUUGAUGCCCUGUACAAGAGGAUGGGGGUCGUACCUGGAAUUAAACCUCCUGAUUUUCCUGUGGUCAGUGGAGACUUUUUCUCUUAUGCUGAUCGUGAAGAUCACUACUGGACCGGAUAUUACACAUCCAGACCCUUUUAUAAGAGCAUGGACAGAGUGCUUGAGUCCCACCUCAGAGGAGCAGAGAUUUUAUACAGCUUGGCUAUUAAUCAUGCCAGGAAAGCCGGAACGGAAAGCAAAUACCCACUCUCUGAUUAUGCUUUGUUAACUGAUGCCAGACGUAACCUUGGGUUAUUUCAGCACCAUGAUGCUAUCACAGGCACAGCAAAGGAAGCUGUGGUGAUUGACUACGGUGUACGGUUACUCCAUUCGUUGAUGAACUUGAAACGCAUAAUUAUUAAUGCAGCUCACUACCUCGUUGUGGCAGACAAGGAGAAGUAUCACUAUGAUCAUUCUGUGCCAUUCUUCAGCACGGAUGAGAGCCGUUUAACCCAGGAAAGCCUGCCAGAGAAAACUGUUAUUAAGCUGACUGCAUCGCCAAGGUACGUGGUGGUUUUUAACCCAGUGGAACAGAACCGCCUGUGUGUAGUCUCUCUGCUUGUGAACACUUACAAUGUGCGAGUGCUUACAGAAGAUGGCCAGCCUGUGGCAGCCCAACUCAGCCCUGUUUGGCAGUCUGUUACAGACAUGAACCCUGAUGUCUACCAGGUAUCCUUCACUGCCCGGUUACCAUCACUUGGGCUCAGUAUCUUCCAGCUGCAUGCAUCCAUCGACACCCACACUACACUAAAGUCAAAUGUUCAUGUGCAUCUGCAUGGGCGAGAACUCUCAAUAAAGAAACAGGAUGUGUUCCCAGUUAAGGUCGCAGAGUCCAGCACGGAUGAUUUUCAUAUUGAGAAUCAGUACAUGCAGGUGUGGUUCUCUGGCACUACUGGUCUCUUAAAGAGCAUUAAAAGAGCUGGAGAAGAGCAGGAACAGAAAAUCAACAUGCAAUUCCUCAUCUAUGGAACUCGAACAUCAAAGGAUAAAAGUGGGGCCUAUCUUUUCCUACCCGAUGGUGAAGCAAAGCCCUACACUCCUAAAGACCCCCCUGUGGUUAAAGUGACAGAAGGCCCGUUCUAUUCUGAAGUGACUUGCCAAUAUCAGCAUGUGCAGCAAGUUAUGAGGCUCUACAAUUUACCAGGUACAGAGGGACUGUCUUUAGACAUCAGUUCAUUGAUUGAUAUCCGAGACCAUGUCAACAAGGAGAUAGCAAUGCGGCUCAGCACUGAUAUACAGAGUGAAGACAUCUUCUUCACAGACUUAAACGGCUUUCAGGUUAAUGUCUAAAUUUGAUUUUGUCAAACAAGCUCCAUACACGGAAGUAGAAGUAGUAAUUACUGUGUAUCAAACAUAUUACCUCUCACCCAUAUAGUGGAAAUACUGGGAUCCCACCUACAAAGUAUGGAUCGGGAUGAAGAAUCUUCUAUGCUUAUACUUUCUAAUUAUGGAAGUUAGGGCAAUUUACAUUACAUUUUAGUAUGAUUUAGAUGAUAUUCUGAGACUGUUUGCAACUGAUCUUUGUUUUUAUGGUUUUUCAGUUAUUUAGCUUUUUGUUCAGAUUUUUUGGUAUUUCAAAAACUCCCAUUCACAAUGUGGGGUAGGGUAGUAGCACUAGGAAGUGUUGUGAAAAAUGUAUUCCAGACAAUAAACCCAUUUUAAUUCCUCUCCUACUGCCCUACUGGCUAAGGGGGGCUUAACGCUCCCUCAUCUAUACCUAUACCUGUACCUGUACUGUACCCUCCUGGGUGAAACGAAUCUGAAUCCUUAAAAUCACGUGACUUUUCACUGCACGCUCUUUGCGCAGUUCUCUUUUGGCCUCUUUUUUUUGUCCUAAUUUGGAUUCAGAUUCGGUUUUCAGUGCAUCCCUAGUACAGUAUUCUCUAUGUACUGUGUCUGUGGUUGACAUUACAUUGUAAUCCACUCUGUU